AUGGCGGUCACCGCGCGGCUCGGCGCCGUCGUGGCGUGCGUCGUCUUGGCGGCCGUGGCGGUGGCGCCGCGGCCGGCGGCGGGGAUCCUCGACCCGGUCGACUUCCUGGCGCUGCAGGCGGUGCGGCGGUCGCUGGACGACAUGCCCGGCUCCGAGUUCUUCGACGGGUGGGACUUCACCGCCGAUCCGUGCGGGUUCCCAGGCGUGUUCUGCGACGGGGACCGGGUGGCGGCGCUCGCGCUCGGCGACCCCCGGGCGGGGUCUCCGGGCCUGACGGGGAGGCUGGACCCAGCGCUGGGCCGGCUGUCUGCGCUCACCGAGCUGUCGCUGGUGCCCGGGCGCGUCGAGGGGGAGCUCCCGGCGUCGCUCUCGUCGUGCUCGAAUCUCCGGUUCCUGGCGGUGAGCAAGAACCUCCUCUCCGGCCAGAUACCGGAUGGCUUCGGCGCGCUGUCCAACCUCCGGACGCUCGACGUCAGCUUCAAUCAGAUCUCCGGCACCAUCCCGCCGUCCAUCGCCGCGCUGCCGUCGAUCACCAACCUCAUCCUCUGCCACAACCAGCUUACCGGCGGCGUCCCGUCGUUCCCGGACUCGUCCCCGCUCCUCCGGCUGGACCUCAAGCACAAUGCACUCUCCGGCGGCGUGCCCACCCUGCCGGCCUGGCUGCAGUACCUGUCGCUGUCCGCGAACAAGCUCACCGGCACGGUCGAUCAGGUGCUGCCCCGGCUGACCCGGCUCAACUUCCUCGACCUCAGCAUGAACCAGCUGGAGGGCCCGAUCCCGGCGUCGGUGUUCUCGCUGCCACUGUCCGUGCUGCAGCUGCAGCGCAACUUCUUCGCGGGGCUCGUGCAGCCGUCCAACGACGUGAUGAUCCCGAUGGUGGACCUGAGCUACAACCGGUUUUGGGGCCAGCUCUCGCCGCUGCUGGCGGGCGUCGGGCAGCUGUACCUGAACAACAACCGGUUCACCGGCGAGGUCCCCGCGCGGCUGGUGCAGGAGCUGGUGGGCUCCGGCGGCCUGCAGGUGCUGUACCUGCAGCACAACUUCCUGACGGGAAUCGAGAUAUCGCUGUCGUCGUCGCUCCCCUCCACCGUCUCGCUCUGCCUGAUGUACAACUGCAUGGUGCCGCCGGUGUACGCGCCAUGCCCGAUCAAGGCAGGGUCGCAGAACACGAGGCCGGCCGACCAGUGCCCGGAGUGGAGGGGCUGA